CCCUCUCUCUCGCGUCUUCUUUCUCCUCGCAACAUUUGGUUCGACUCAACUCACGGGCUGGCGAGCGGGGACCUGGAGAGCGCAGCCGCCGUUUUGACCCGCCCGGCCGGCGGAUCAAGGACCCUUAUAAGCGUCUUUUCUUCCCCAUACGGCUUCUCACGCAAGCUGAGUUUUCUGCUCCGCCUGCGCCGGUCGCAGAUUCCCGCGAAAGCGAGGGCCAGAGCUUUUCUUUUUUAUCUAUCUUGCUCUGUCCUCUCCCCCCUUUGUGCCCUCCGUCCUGCCAAAGCGGCAGAAAGCCGCGGCUGUUCUUGAUUCUCGCGGGGGGCUGCGCCGGUCUUGGCGGCCUGGACGUGAAGGAGGCGCGGCGCGGCGGGGGCGUUCGAUGGGCACGGUGAAGGCGUGGGUGGCGGGCAAGUACGCGGAGCCAAUGGGGCCGAUGCACGACUCGCUGCGCGUCGCCUACGUGGUCUUCUCCUUCUGCGCCGCCUUCUUGCUCGGCGGAAUCAAAGCGAUGGUGGUCGGCCCGGUGGCGGCGGCGCUGAUGAUACUGGGGAACGUGGGCGUGAUCCUCGUGCUCUUCCCGGCGCACGUCUGGUGGACCAUCUACUCGCUCAUCAAGACGGACCGCAUCAACGCGGGCCUGAAGCUAGCGGUGGCCAUCGCGCUGCCGGUGCUGUUCGGGCUCUGGCUCGGCCUGGGCAUCUUCGGGAGCGCCCUGGUGGCGCUGGGCUACGGCUUCUUCACGCCGUGGAUCUCCACCUUCGAGGCGUUCCGGCAGGAGAGCGAGGCCAAGAAGUUCGUGCAUGGCAUUGUGGACGGGACGUGGGGGACGAUCAAGGGCAGCUGCACGGUGGUGAGGGACUUCGCGGACAUGUGCUUCCACUCCUACCCCGUUUACCUCAAGGAGCUCCGCGAGUGCGCCCAGGACCGCGAGCCCCUCUCCAUAAGGCUGCUGGACGUGCCGUCGUGCAUACUCGUCGGCCUCCUGGGGUUGAUCGUGGACAUACCGCUCUACACGGUGAUCGCGCUGAUCAAGAGCCCCUACAUGCUCUUCAAGGGCUGGCAGAGGCUGCUGCACGACCUCAUCAGCCGCGAAGGCCCCUUCCUGGAGCCGGUCUGCGUGCCCAUCGCCGGCCUCGCCAUCCUUUUCUGGCCCCUGGUGGUGGUUGGGAGCGUCCUGCUGGCCGUCGUCUCCAGCAUUUUCGUAGGUCUCUACGGAGCGGUCAUCGUCUACCAGGAGAAGUCCUUCCGGCGGGGGGCUUCGUACGUGGUGACCAUGGUCGCCGAGUUUGACGAGUACACCAACGACUGGCUUUACCUUCGCGAAGGGACUGUUCUUCCAAAGCCUUCCUACCGGAAGAGGAAAUUGCCCGAUUCCGCCGAGUUCUCGGUCCGGCCAAAUGUUUCUGUCAGGGGAGGUGAGCACCCUAGUUCAUCCAGUGAAGCUCCGGCAAUGCUGGUUCCCACUUUGGUUCCGGCGAGGUCCGUCAGAGAGGCGAUACAAGAGGUCAAAAUGGUCCAGAUAUGGGAAAACGUUAUGAAGUCGUGCGAGCAGAGGGGCAGGGACCUGCUGAACCUGAAUGUCAUAACCAGCGUGGACCUGACCGAGUGGCUGAGAACGAAAGACGGCGGCAACGAGACGAUAAACCUGGGGCUGCCUUCCUACGACAUGCUGUGCACCGUCCUGCAGUCGAUCAAGGCCGGCUCCGCGGGGCUGCUGCUGGGCAACGGCGUGGAGGUGGACCAGCAGAACCGGCCGCAGGACCUGCUGCUGGACUGGUUCUUCCACCCCGUGCUGGUGCUCAAGGACCAGAUACAGGUGCUCAAGAUGACCGAGCAGGAGGUGAGGUUCCUGGAGAAGUCGACGCUUUUCGUCGGCGGUGGUUCUGCCACCGCCGGUGCGGAUGCGUGGGACAAUGGCGCCGAGACGCCCCGAGAUCCUGUCAGGACCGCGCAGAUCCAGGCGAUCAGUAGAAGGAUGGUGGGGAUAGUGAGGAGCAUGUCCAAGUUCCCGACGUACCGGCGGCGGUACAGGCAUGUGGUGAAGCUGCUGGUGGCGUACGCGGUGGAGCGGGAAGGCUCGUUCGGGUCGUCGGCGUCGGCACCGUCGGUCUCCUUCGAGAUCACACGCCUCGAAGUGUAGAUAAUGCCGUCCGUCGUCUUUUGCUUCUUUUUCUCUUCAGUAAGUAUAGGCAUCUAUCGCACGCCGUUUUUGUCUGUGCCUCUCCUGUUUCAAGUCUACUAGGAGCUUCUGUGACUGUGUGUAGUAUACGUAGUAGUUUUUUUUUUUACCCUUUGGGUAGUGGGAGUGUGUAUAGUUGUUGUGUUUUAGGAUUUGAGAUGAUGCAUGUGCCGAAACUUGAGGCACGGUCUUCAGUUGUGCUGUAAAUUCUUGUAUAUACAUUUCACUUCUUAGGGAAUUGUUUGGUUCCUUGGUA